UUUUGAAUAGGGUCAUAUGUAUGCAAUACACCUGUUGAAGCUUAUAAAUUUAUAUUGAGAGUUAAGGGAAAGUUGGAAGGAUAACUCUUCUGCUUGUUAAAUUAAAUUUUACUGAAGCUCAUUAUUUUCUUUUUUCCCAAGAGCGGGUUUAAACCUUCCACUUGAGGGCUUGGUGCCCGAAAACAACCAUGGAGUGGAAAAUACUUCCCAUUUACUUGUUGCUGCUGCUUUCUAUUUUCUCCAUUCAGGAAGUUUCUUCUCAAGAUUUAUCAAGCUGUGCAGGGAGAUGUGGGGAAGGGUAUUCUAGAGAUGCCACCUGCAACUGUGAUUUUAACUGCCAAUACUACAUGGAGUGCUGCCCUGAUUUCAAGAAAGUCUGCACCUCGGAGCUUUCCUGUAAAGGUCGCUGCUUCGAGUCCUUUGAAAGAGGGAGGGAGUGUGACUGUGACGCGGACUGCAAGAAGUACGGCAAGUGCUGUUCCGAUUAUGAGAGUUUCUGUGAAGAAGUGCAUAAUCCCACAUCACCACCAUCUUCAAAGACUGCGCCUCCGCCUCCAGGAGCAUCUCAAACCAUCAAAUCAACAGCCAAACGUUCACCCAAAUCAAACAAGAAGAAGACUAAGAAAGUUAUAGAAUCAGAGGAAAUAAUAGAAGAACAUUCUGUUUCUGAAAAUCAAGAGUCUUCCUCCUCCUCUUCCUCUUCCUCUUCAACUAUUCGGAAAGUCAAGUCUUCCAAAAAUUCAGCUGCUAAUAGAGAAUUAAAGAAGAAACCCAAAGUAAAAGACAGCAAGAAGAAAAGAACUCCUAAAAAGAAACCUACUCCAGAACCACCAGUUAUAGAUGAAGCUGGAAGUGGACUGGACAAUGGUGAUUUCAUGCUCAUCCCAACUCCUAAGAUUCCUACCACCCAACGCAACAAAGUUACUACAUCUCCCAAGAUUACAACAGUAAAACCAAUAAAUCCUAAACCCAGUCUUCCACCUAAUUCUGAUACAUCCAAAGAGACAACUUCAACACCCAAUAAGGAGACAACAGUUGAAACUAAAGAGACAGAGAUAACAAAUAAAGAGACUUCAACUAGUGCAAAUGAGAAGACUACUUCAGCUAGAAAGAGUACAGAGAAAACAUCUGAUAAAGAUUUUGCACCCGCAUCUGAAGUUCCUGCUAAAUCUACACCCAAAGCUGAAACUACAACCAAAUCCCCUUCUCUCACCACCACCAAGGGGCCUGCUCCAACUACUGCUAAGGGGCCUGCUCCCACUACCACCAAGAAGCCUACUUCCACCACCACCGAGGGGCCUGCACCCACCACCCCCGAGGAGCCCGCUCCCACCACCCCCGAGGAGCCUACUUCUACCACGACCAAGGAGCCCGCACCCACCACCCUCGAGGAGACCGCUCCCACCACCCCCGAGGAGACGGCUCCCACCACCCCCGAGAAGCCCGCUCCCACCACCCCCAAGGAGCCCACUUCUACCACGACCAAGGAGCCCGCACCCACCACCCCCGAGGAGCCCGCUCCCACCACCCCCAAGGAGCCUGCACCCACCACACCCAAGGAGACGGCUCCCACCACCACCAAGGAGCCCGCACCCACCACCCUCAAGGAGCCUGCACCCACCACACCCAAGGAGACGGCUCCCACCACCACCAAGGAGCUGGCACCCACCACCCUCAAGGAGCCUGCUCCCACCACCCCCGAGGAGUCCGCUCCCACCACACCCGAGGAGACGGCUCCCACCAGCCCCGAGGAGCCCGCUCCCACCACCCCCGAGGAGCCCGCACCUACCACGACCAAGGAGCCGGCACCCACCACCCUCAAGGAGCCCGCUCCCACCACCGCCGAGGAGCCCGCUCCCACCACCCCCGAAGAGCCCGCACCUACCACGACCAAGGAGCCGGCACCCACCACCCUCAAGGAGCCCGCACCCACCACCGCCGAGGAGCCCGCUCCCACCACCCUCAAGGAGCCCGCUCCCACCACCGCCGAGGAGCCGGCUCCCACCACCCCCGAGGAGCCCGCACCUACCACACCCAAGGAGCCCGCACCCACCACCCUCAAGGAGCCCACUCCCACCACCCCCAAGGAGCCCGCACCCACCACCACCAAGGAGCCCGCACCCACCACCCUCAAGGAGCCCGCUCCCACCACCCCCAAGGAGCCCGCACCCACCACCACCAAGGAGCCCUCUUCCACCACACCCAAGGAGAUGGCUCCCACCACCCCCGAGGAGCCCGCACCUACCACACCCAAGGAGCCCGCACCCACCACCCUCAAGGAGCCCGCUCCCACCACCGCCGAGGAGCCCGCUCCCACCACCGCCGAGGAGCCCGCUCCCACCACCCCUGAGGAGCCCGCACCUACCACGACCAAGGAGCCCGCACCCACCACCCUCAAGGAGCCUGCACCCACCACCCCCAAGGAGCCUGCACCCACCACCCCCAAGGAGCCAGCUCCCACCACCCCCAAGGAGCCUGCACCCACUACCCCCAAGGAGCCCGCUCCCCCUACUCCCAAGGAGCCCGUUCCCACCAGCCCAAAGGAGCCUGCACCCACCACCCCUAAGGAGCCCGCUCCCACUACCUCCAAGGAGCCUGCUCCCACCACCCCCAAGGAGCCCACACCCACCACCCCUAAGGAGCCAGCUCCCACUACCUCCAAGAAGCCUGCACCCACUAGCCCUAAGGAGCCCAUACCCACCAUCCCUAAGGAGUCUGCAUCCACCACCCCUGAGGAACCCGCACCCACCCCCCCCGAGGAGCCUGCUCUCACUACCCCCAAGAAACAGGCUCCCACCACCACCACGGAGCCUAUACUCACCACCCCUAAGGAGCCUGCACCUAUCACCACGAAGGAACCUGCUCUGGCCACUUCCAAAAAGCCUCCGCCCAGCCCCACCCCCAAGGAGCCCGCUCCAACUUCUCCUGAGACACCUGCUCCAACCACCUCAGAGGCCUCUACUACAACUACCACCAUGAAGCCUCCCACUACUCCCAAGAAUCUUGCUGAAUCAACUCCUGAGUUUCCUGCAGAACCCACACCAAAGGCUCUUGAAAACAGUCCCAAGGAGCCGGCUGUACCUACGACCAAGGCUCCCGAAGUGACCAAACCUGAAGUAACUACAACAGCUAAAGACAAGGUAACAGGAAAAGACAUACAUACUAUACCUGAAAUUACAACCGCUGCACCUAAAAUUACAACAGAGACAGCAACUACAACAGAAGAAAAGACCACUGAAUCCAAAGUAACAAGUACAAUCAUGCAAGUAACGUCUACAACUGAAGAUACUACGACAUCAUCCAAAAUUACUCCCAAAGCUACAACUCUUGCACCCAAAGUAAUGACUGCCACAAAAACAACUACAACCCAAGAAACUAUAAAUAAACUGGAAGAAACAACAGCUAUACCAAAAGAUACAGCUACUCAUUCUAAAGUGACAACUCCUAAACCUAAAAAGCCAACCAAAGCACCCAGAAAGCCCACUUCUACCAAAAAGCCCAAAACACCACGUAAGAGAAAACCAAAGACUACACCAAUUCCCCCAAAGAUAACUACACCAACAACGCCCAAAUCGAACCCUACCACUUUAGCGGAAGCCAUGCUCCAAACCACCACCAGCCCUAACCAAACUCCUAACUCAGCAAUGAUUGAAGUAAAUCCAAAGAAUGAAGAUGCAGAUGCUGCUGAAGGAGAAAAACCUCUCGUGAUUCUCAGGCCCCAUGUGUUAACUCCUAUAGUUAUUCCAGGUCCUGAUUUCUUAGUGAGAGGACCCAAUCUGGGCAUUGGCAUCAACCCCAUGCUUUCAGAUGAGACUAAUUUAUGCAAUGGUAAACCAGUGGACGGACUGACCACUUUGCGCAACGGGACGUUGGUUGCAUUUCGAGGUCAUUAUUUCUGGAUGCUACGUCCAUUCAGCCCACCAUCUCCACCUCGCAGAAUUACUGAAGUUUGGGGUAUUCCCUCCCCCAUUGAUACUGUUUUCACCAGAUGCAACUGCGAAGGAAAAACUUUCUUCUUCAAGGAUUCUCAAUACUGGCGUUUCACCAAUGAUAUAAAAGAUGCAGGGUAUCCCAAACUAAUUUCAAAAGGAUUUGGAGGACUAAGUGGAAAAAUAGUGGCAGCUCUUUCAAUAGCCACAUACAAGAACAGACCUGAAUCUGUGUAUUUUUUCAAGAGAGGUGGCAGGAUUCAGCAGUAUAUUUAUAAACAGGAACCCAUCAGAAAGUGCCCGGGAAGGCGGCCUGCUAUCCAUUAUUCGGUGUAUGGGGAAGCACCGCAGAUUCGGAGACGCCGCUUCGAACGGGCUAUAGGACCUUCUCAAACACACACCAUCCGAAUUCACUAUUCACCCGUCAGAGUCUCUUAUCAAGACAAAGUGCCCUCCACAGAUUUCCUCCAUAAUGAAGUUAAAGUGAGUACGCUCUGGAGAGGACUUCCCGAUACGGUUACUUCCGCUAUAUCACUGCCCAACCUCAGAAAACCCGAUGGCUACGAUUACUAUGCCUUUUCUAAGGAUCAAUACUAUAACAUCGAUGUGCCUAGUAGAACAGCAAGAGCAAUUACUACUCGCUCUGGGCAGACCUUAUCCAAAGUCUGGUACAACUGUCCUUAGACCGAUGGGCAAAGGAAGAGUCGACUAAUUAAAAGGAAGAAAAGAAUGACACUGAAAUACAUUUUAUUAAUAAAGAAUGUUGAGAUAAGCAUACCAAUUUAAAUACAAAAAUGUUUUUAAACUCGACAAUCAUUACACUAAAACAGAUGUGACAAUCUUAUUCACAUUUAUUACAGUUUGUAGACAUUUAA